GCAAUAUGUUAUGACCACAUACUCACCCUUGACCGCGAGAUCCGCUAUAUCUGGAAGGGUCGCUUUUCAAUCUCGAUAUUCCUAUUCUACAGCAUGCGAUACUGCGCCCUUCUCGGGGCAGUGCAGAUAUUUUGGAAUGGUAUCGUGAGCACGACGAUGGUCAGAGCUCCCACCUCGGUAAUAUUCGCUGGGCUGAGGGCAUAUGCCAUCUCUGAGCGGAAAAAAUGGGUGCUCACCAUCGUGCUCGCUCUCGGCUUCGUCAUGCCUGCGAUACAAAUCGUG